AUGCAUGGCUCCUCCCAGAUGCCCUGCCCACCUAUGAAUGGGCAACUUAGUCAGGGGUUCUCCAUUGACAAGACCCAUGGCUCUCAGGACCCUCCAUCAUUGAAAUCACAGAGGGCCGCAAAGAAGAAAAACGUGGCUAGGAGAGGAACUGCAUUCACCAAAGAGGAGGACUUGUGGGAUAGUGCGAAGAGGCAUAGAUCAAAGAGCUUCACAGAGACAUCGUCAUCUAGUACGGCUGUUGAAGUCCUCCAGCGGUUGCAGGAGAAAUCAGAGAAGACCGAACAGAAGCAAGACCAACAAAUGACUGAAAUCCUUAGUAGGAAGGAUGAAAAAAUUAAAAUUCAAAGGGAUCUUUUCAACCUUCAGAAAAAGCAUAUGAAGAUGAGUGUGCAGCAGAAAAAGAAGGAAAAUGCGAUUAGAGAGAAGGAGUCAGAGGCUCAUCUGAUAUCAGUUGAGUCUAGUAUUAUGUCGGUUGACAUUGAGAAGGUCCCCUUUAUCUGA